ACAUUCUCCAAAAGACACAAGUCGAACCUCCUCGGCAACAACAGAGUCCAAAGAACAAAAGUCGAAUCUCCAUCCAUCAGCCAAGAUGAAGGCCAGCAUCUUUCUCUGCAUUGCCUCAAUCGCGAGCGUCCUCGCUGUCCCCGUCGCAAACCCCAAGCCAGCGUCCGCCAGAGAGGCGGCUGCUAUCGAAGCGAGGAAUGCUGCACCCAUUGCGUCGCCUGAGUACUCCUACAACCAAUUCUGCUACCGCGGCACAGGAUGUGAGGAUGAGGCCGCUGCCAACGGAGUCGAAGUGAGGGAUGCGCCCAAAGAGUAAGGGACAUCCAGGUCGUCGAACGUCCAGCAGUGGUAUCUGCGAUGCGAGGCGGAGGAGGAGACUUGCUGGAAAAGCGGCCCGAGCUCAUUUGUAUGCAGAUGCAAUGUUUGCUGGGCUGUGCAGGAUUCAAAGAGUGUUGCGUGUCGUUGUUCGAAGAAGUGCGGCACGUGCGACUGUCAUUACAGGCCUGAGGCAUCAAUUCAAUCAUUACCGUAUUGCGACUUCUC